AUGCCAGCGCUACCAGCCAUUCGUCCACUCUCCUCCCUCCAAAAUAGCCAUGCGCUGCUGGUUCCUCCGCGGUCCGUUUCUCGGCACAUUACACCGUUUCCAGAUGAACAGUCGGCCCUCUCCUUAGUACUAGAGAUUAUCUCUCAUAAACACCCGCGGACAGCCGCGCCCCCGUCGAAUGAAUUUCGCCGCGUGAGUGAAAAGGCAGGGGAGCGGGGCCGGGAGGGAAUCGGGGGGAUCGUAUAUAUGGAUGGGGAUGGAGAUUGGAUGAUAUGGUAUGGAUGUCGUGAUGCCGUUGCGAUAGAGUUUGGGCAGGCGUCUUUACAGCAUAGCGAUUCCACACCCGACUGCUGUCUUUAUGCUUUGCCCACCGUCUUUGAGGUCGUGAUAGGGUGGGUGCCCUCUACAUGCCCUGUCCUCACCUCCCGAACAUCACCCCGACACACGCCAUCACAAGCCGGCAUAAUCGGAGUUCACAUCCCACAACAGCGCCUCAGUAACGAACUGGCUACGAUCGACAACUCAUUCGUAUCCACGCACCAGAACUGCGUGUGA